ACGCUUAUUCCUCCUCAGCCACACCAAACUAAUCUAAACCUAAUUGAAGAAGCAGAUUAUACCAACAUCAUAUUUCAAUAAUGGCAGGGAUUGCGUCCGGAAUCUGCAAUAUUGCUCUUGGCACGAGUGAUGCUCGAAGACCACCACAAGCUGCUUCUAGGCCUAACAGGAACACCACUACCGCCGCCGUUGCCGGCACCACUACUCCUACUCCAUGUGAAGAGCAGGAGAGGAAAAACUGCUGCAAAACAAGGUCUCAAAAUAUAAAAGGUCUAACAAAUCAGACCGGAUUUGUGAAGGGCAACGCUAAUGGUGUCAUCAACUUUGGCACCUUGACUAGCAAUCCUUGAAGCCCAGAGGAAGCCAUGAUCUAAUUAAUCCUUUGAUAAUAUGCAAACAAGAUUAUGUAUAAUAAUAAUAUCGUACUAAACUCAUGCAUGUAUCGUACUCAUAAUAAUAUAAUAAGAUUCAUGUUACUGUCCAA